AUGAAAUUUAUAACCACCCCGAAGCCGCCAGCGCCAAGAAGAAACUCCAGAAGUAGCUGGAGAGCUCAGGUAGGUGGAAAUGUGGAAUUUUGAAAAAAAAAACAGGAAAAAAAGUUUCAGCUAGGAAAAAUAGAAACCAAGCAACUUAUUCCAUUAAUCUACACAACUUUUCGAUUUAUCAACCUUUCGAGCUCGGAAAUCUAUGGAAUCGACUCAUUCUUCAUCGAUUUCCAUCGCUAUUUAUACAUCAUAACAUUUGAAGUUAUAUUUUUGCUAUCUGCAAUUCUUGCCGCAUUUGGAACAUCUCAUCAAAAACCACUAUUGCUUACACCAAUUCUACUUAUCGAAAUACUCACUUUCAUCUCAAAUUUGAUACUUUUACCAAAGACUGGCAAUUUUCCGUUUGUUUUUAUUCUGGCAUAUGUAAUUUAUUGCAAUGUUGCGGUUUUUCGACAUUUUUGGAGAAUGGUGAGGAUUUUUGAUGGGGUAUUUUGGAUACAAAAAACGGUUAAAAAAUUCUAGUCAGGAUUUAAGAACUGUAAUUUUUCAGAGAAAAAGCCUGGAUCGUGAUUUACAAUUCUCCUUGGACAGCGACGAUGAAAGCGAAGCCGAAAAUCGAACGUAAAUAUCUAUUUUCUCAAUUUCAAUUUCUCCUCAAAUAUUCUCAACAUACUUCCAGAUUAUGGACAACAAUUUCAAUGCUUUUCCAUCGAACUCCCGAAAGUUUGCCGAAAAAACGUGUCUUUUUCGAGAUGCCAACCACUUUUGCCAACUCAAAUGUCCACAAACCAUAUGCAUGA